AUGACUGGGAGCGUCUUCGAUCUGACGGACAUCUCCUUCUUUGAGCUGGACCGUCUCUUCGCGCAGGCGGUUAGGACCGUCAAGAAGAGGCAGCACAAGCGAAAAAGGAAGGUGAAAGGAGGGGACUCAUCUAGCUCCGAUCGCUCCCGAUCACCUCCCAGACGUGGAUCGCUUCGCUUGGGUGGCAGGGUCUUACCGCAGACGGGCGGCUUCACCGACAAAGUAGGCAUUGUGGACCGCACCAUCGUCAUCACCGGUAUCCCCUUCGGUGCCGAUGAGAAGAUUCUGUUCAAGCACUACAGCAAGUGCGGCUUCAUCGAAGACCUGCAGAUGAUAUACAACCGAAAGAAUGAACCUACAGGUGUUGCCAUCAUCGAGUACUCCCAAGAGGAGCCGGUGGCAAGAGCUAUUGCCCUGCAACCUCCGUUCAACGAGAUCCUGGGCACACCCGUGACCACCAAGAGGGCCGACAUGCAGGUUCCAAAGAAGGAUCCAGGUCCGAAGAGGACGCUGACCCGGCAACAGUUCACUCAGCAGGUCCUUAGCGGAUUGACGAAGUCGGCAGAUGCACAACCGGACAAGAGAAAGCUUCAUAUCAAGAAUCUCCGCCCGGUGGUGCGGGAAGAUGACAUGCGAGGCAUCUUCAAGCCUUUCGGCGAGUUCGAGGACUUCCAGAUGGGUACUGGUGAGUGCUGGAUCACCUUCAAGAACCACAAUGAUGCACAGGAUGCCAUGGCAUCCAUGCAGGGCUUCCAGCUCGUCGGGCAAGAGCUCCAGAUCACCAUGCUCUCCGUCGCUGCGAAGAGCGAUUCCGUGCCGGAGCCGCCGAAGCCAAAGCCGCUGGAUAUUAAGACCGAUAGUGAUUUUGGCGCCACCGGUUCUGGUCCCUCGAAUGUCCACGACCGUAUCGACAUCAUGAAGAAGCUGAUGGAAAAGCACUCAGGUUCCAAAGUGCCCACCGUGGUUGGCCUCUCAGCACCCACUGGGGAGAAUUCGGAGCCGACUGUCAUGACAGACGUCAGCUCCAUGCCCCCUGUGCCGAAGCCGGCCAAGUCGACCAGCUGCACGCUGUUGCUGCAGAACAUGUUCACACCCUCGGACAUCGAUCUCGAAAAGGACCCCAAGUUCUACGAUGCCAUUCGCGAAGACACGCACAACGAGUGCGCGAAGUUUGGCAAGGUGGUGCACGUCACCGUGGACCCCCGAGGCAGCGCCGGGCUUAUUUACAUUCUCUAUGAGUCGCCGCAGCAGCGGUUGGCGGGAGAGCUGGCGCUGAACGACCGAUGGUUCGAAGGGAAGAAGAUCACGGCUUCAGGGAUUGACGAUGAGAUUUGGCAAGAGCUGGCCACGCAGGGUGAGAGCGCCCCGUAG